CCAAACAGUGCAAACCACAUAUUGGCAAACACCAACAGGUGCCUGCCCCACAGGCUUCCCAGUACAAACACAUUCCGCCCUCUCGUCACUCCAAGCAUGCGUACCCAAUCAGGCCGUGGAUUCACCCACGGAGCCAUGGCCACACAGGCACCACGGGACAGGAGAGGAAAGCUAAACACUGUGUGCUACUAAAGGUGCCAACCAGCUGCAAUCCAACUGAAGGUGUACCUGGAGCUUAGAGCUAGAAAGGUGUCCCAAAGGUCUUUUCGGGACGCUCCGUCUAGAUUCCAGGUGAAGGUGUCAAAGUGCCUAAAAGGAAAGUGGGGCCUUUGAUUGCACUUAAAAGUGUACAAUGUCAUGACUGUCAUGAUUGGACAAAUGAGGAUGAUCAUUCAUGCAAGGAUGAACGCAUUUAUCAUCGUAUGCUGCUGCCUUUGUCUCACUCAUACUGGAGCCUCGGAAAUAGAGCGGAGGCUCCAUCAGAAGCUGUUUGAGAACUACAACAUGAAAGUCAGACCGGCUCGUUACUGGGAGGAGAAGGUGAUGGUUCGAGUGGGGAUGACGCUCUCUCAGCUUGUCAGCUUGAACGAGAAGAACGAAGAAAUGACAACCAACGUGUUCAUGAAUCUGGAGUGGACAGACUACAGGUUGGCAUGGAAUCCAGAAGAAUAUGACAACAUUGAAGUUUUGAGAAUUCCUCCCAACAAGGUGUGGCGUCCAGACAUCUACCUCAUAAACAAUAAUGACGGUCAGUUUGACGUGGCUCUGUACGUCAACGUCUUGGUUUACAGUGAUGGGACAGUCAACUGGCUUCCCCCAGCCAUCUACCGCAGCUCCUGCUCUAUAGAGGUGUCGUACUUCCCAUUUGACUGGCAGAACUGCAGCAUGGUUUUCCGCUCGUACACCUAUGACGCCUCUGAGGUGGAACUGCAGUAUUUUCUGGAUGACGGGGGCAACGAGAUUCAGGAGAUUGUUAUAGACGAGAAUGCUUUCACUGAAAAUGGAGAAUGGGCCAUCUGUCACAAACCCUCCAGAAAGAAUGUCAAGGAGGACCUUUACGAGGACAUCACCUUCUACCUCAUCAUAGAGAGGAAGCCUCUUUUCUACAUCAUCAACAUCAUCGUGCCCUGCAUCCUCACCAGCGUGUUGGCUAUAUUUGUCUUCUACCUGCCUCCUGGAGCAGGAGAGAAAAUGACUCUGUCCAUUUCCGUCCUCAUCGCUCUUACUGUCUUCAUGCUUCUGCUGGCUGACAAGGUCCCUGAGACCUCCCUCGGCAUUCCAAUUAUUGUCAACUACGUCAUGUUCACCAUGAUCCUGGUCACGUUCUCUGUCAUCUUAAGCGUAGUCGUCCUUAAUCUGCACCACCGAACGCCCAGCACACACAUCAUGCCCAACUGGGUUCGAAAGGCAUUCAUUCACUUCUUGCCUAAGUACAUCGGCAUGACAAGGCCAAACCCAGAGGAACCACUGUUGAAGGAGGAGUCUAGUGAUGGCUUUCCCAACCAAAGCUUCAACGGCAGGCAGCCAGGAGGAGAGUACUUUUUUCGAAAGAUCAACCCUGAUCUCGUCUUACCUUGGAGAGGCAGGUGUGAGAGCACAGUGCAGCUCCAGCGGCUCCCAAACACUGAAAGCUACUGUCUGAUCCUCCCUCCCAACCUGAAGUCAGCCAUCUCUGCAGUGACAUACAUGGCCGAGCAGCUGAAGAAGCAGGACACAGACGACACGAUGACAGGAGAUUGGCAGUUCAUUGCUCUUGUGGUGGACCGCCUCUUCCUGUGGUUGUUUGUCAUCAUCACCACCCUGGGCACCCUGGCCAUGUUCUUGGAUGCCAGUUUCAACUAUACACCCGAGAACCCCUUCCCAUAGCAGACAGACUCUAACACACACACACACAGAGUUAGAAGUAUUGCUUGGUCGUUAUUCUUCUUCUUUGGGAUUUCUGAGACUUUCCAUAAAUACCUUGUUACCUAUCCAUACACUGUAUCUGUUCUCUGAAAUGUUUUAUUUAAGGUUAGGUAGCCGAUAGUCAAAAAACACAAAAUGCCCUAGGUUGUUUGCGUUUAAAUAAACCAAUCACAAUCAUCUUUGGCGGCGCUAUACAUCGAUCGCAGAGACAGUGUCUCUGCAAAAUAAUCUCAGGAAGGAAACUUGUUUAGAUGGAACAUUUGCACCCUGCCAAAGAAAACGCCACUUGCAAUAUUAACUGGAGUUAACUGUUCACACAGUACAGUAACAUGAGCUAUUUAAAUUAGCUGGAUACAGGGUUGAACCUCAUUAGCUCUUACCAAUGUAUCACUGGGAGUACAUUGUCCAUAGCAAUCCCCACCAAACGGUCCCUAUACGUCCCAGUUAGUGAGUAUAUGCCAUGUACAUACUCUUUGUAAAUCUUUACAAUCAUUCCCUGAAAGAACCCAACAGGACGGCCUUUUUGCACGAUCCAAAACUUGCCAUUUUUAGUGUGUAGUUUGUUGUUGUUUCUCAAAACAAACACGUUUUCAGCUGCUGGAUGUUACUGAGAUUAUCGUGUAAAGGAACUGUCAUUGAUCUAGACUAGGUAGCACAAGAAAGCAUGUCAUAUUUGCAUAAAGUAGAACCAUGUACACGUACAGUGCCUGAACUGGACCA